AUGUCCGUGAUCCUCGCAUCAGCCGGUUACGAUCAUACAAUCCGGUUCUGGGAAGCUUUGACGGGUGUGUGCUCGAGAACUAUCCAGCAUGCGGACUCCCAAGUCAAUCGACUGGAAAUCUCGUCAGACAAGCGCUUUUUAGCCGCAGCAGGCCAUCUGAAUGUGCGGUUGUAUGACAUUCGCACCACAAAUCCAAACCCAGUGGCUUCGUUCGAAGGCCAUCGCGGCAACGUGACCUCGAUUGCAUUUCAACAAGAAAACAAGUGGAUGGUGUCGUCUAGUGAAGACGGCACCAUCAAAGUGUGGGACGUGCGUGCCCCUUCCGUACAGCGUAACUAUAAGCAUAACGCCGCGGUCAACGAGGUCCAAAUUCAUCCAAACCAAGGAGAGCUCAUCUCGUGCGACCAAGAUGGCAAUAUUCGGAUUUGGGAUUUGGGAGAAAACCAAUGUGUCCAUCAACUCACUCCUGAAGACGACACGCCCUUGCAGUCGCUUUCGGUCGCGAGCGAUGGCUCCAUGCUCGUUGCAGGCAACAACAGGGGCGAUUGCUACGUUUGGCAAAUGCCGAACCAGACUGACAGGGCAACACCUAAGCCUGUGACGAAGUUCCGUUCGCACGCGAAAUACAUAACUCGGGUUUUACUAUCGUCAGACGUAAAGCAUCUAGCAACAUGCUCUGCUGACCAUACAACUAGAGUGUGGUCUAUCGACGAUAACUUUCAGUUGGAAACCACACUUGACGGGCAUCAAAGAUGGGUUUGGGAUUGUGCGUUUAGCGCGGACUCCGCGUAUCUCGUCACAGCGUGCUCCGACCACUACGUGAGGCUGUGGGAUUUGUCAACUAGGGAAAUUGUGAGACAAUAUGGUGGACACCACAAGGGUGCCAUAUGCGUCGCGCUUAAUGACGUAUGA